AUGGCGGGUGCUUCUUCCACCGUGAGAAAUCAUGCGAGCAAAGCGCCUAUAAAAUUAGUGGCUGAAAAUAAUAAAUUAGAUAUGAUUGGAUUUUUACUUGAACAUGCCCAUAAUGAUGCCGUUUUUGCUGAUCUUGAACUUGGUGUUGCUGUGCAUAUACUCACACAUAAGGAUCUGGCUGAGCAAUUGAUUCAAACACGAUCCAUAUAUGAUUUGACACGUGUGUCACAUGUACUAGAUGCAAUGAAAGAUAUACGUGAUGAUCCAAUAGACAAAUCAGCUUUGGAACAUGUACUUGACUUUGUGCGUAGCAAAAGUGCUGAGAUUAAAUCCAGAUUAGAUAUACUUGCACCAACAAAUAUUAUCUUGGAUACACUCAAAGUACAUAUUACAUUUAACUGUCAACCAAAUUUUGGACAAACUGUGAACAAGCUCAAAAGCAAAUGUCAAAAUACGAAAUAUCAAAUUGCAUUUCUUCGAACAAGUAAUAAUCAGAAGAACGAUGAGCUUCAACAAGUAAUCGUAAUACGAUCUUAUCAUGGUGAAUAUCCAUCAAUUAUUGGACCAAUUCAAAAAGAAGUAAAUGAAGAUUUCACAGGCUUGGACAUAGGAGGUAUUACAAUAAAAUCAUCAGCAUCGAAUGAAGGUGUGCCAAAGACUGAUAUUGAAAAAGAAUUAUUUUGGAAUGAAACAAUACAUUGUUUUGAUUUCCAUUAUCGUGUAUUAUAA